AUGACGAAAUCCAGAAAGUUGUGGAAGAGGCAGCCCUGCCGGUUGUACACCAGGGCCAUCUUCAUGGGCUACAAGAGGUCCAGGGUCAACCAGGACCAGAAGUGCAGCUUGCUGAAGCUGGAGGGCGUCAAGACCCGUGAUGAGACUGCCUUCUACGUUGGCAAGAAGGUCGCCUACGUCUACAAGAGCAAGAACUUGAAGAAUGGCACCAGGUUCAGGGCCAUUUGGGGAAAGAUCAGGCGUGCUCACGGCAACGGCGGUACCGUGAGGGCAUCGUUCAGGAAGAACCUGCCUCCCUGCGCCAUGGGCAGCAAGGUCCGCGUCUUCCUCUACCCUUCUAACAUCUAA